AUGAUUCGGAAGGGGCCUCUGCCACACCCAAAAGAUUUCCCUAAUGAUUUUACCAGACAAAAAGUUCCAAUGUCUGUUCUCAAAGUCAGAACAUCAAAUGGCAAAAGCGAGAGAAGAGGUUGGCUUGUAUUCAGUCCUGGAAAACAGUCCUUGUAUUGCCUGCCUUGUAGGCUUUUCUCUCAUACAGUGGGCUCACAACUGCAAAGGUCACAGUCGAUCAUGGCAUCCAAACAAGGCUGGUGUACAGAACAGAAAUGGAAAAAACUGUUUGACAGGUUGCCUCAACAUGAAAACACUUCAGCACACAAGAACUGUUAUCUAGCAUGGCGUGAGUUGGAGAGGAGGUUAGAAAGUGAUACUGGGAUUGAUGUGAUGUCUCGCAAAGAAAUCAUGAGUGAGACUGAGAAAUUGUGA